AUGAGACCAGACUGCCCCAGCUUCUUCAGCUCCAUGGACAAGAUCCAGAGAGUCACCGCAUACGCGGCGGAACACUCGAGCUCGCUGCCCAAGCACAUUAUCGACUAUCAUGCCGACGCAUCCAGCCAUGAAGCCUCGAUGAUGUUGACGUCAAACUUCCAGAGCCAGUUUCACACGCUGCUUGCGGCCAUGAUUGGGGCGAAGCGGGUGCUCGAAGUUGGCGUCUAUCUGGGCUACUCAGCAAUGGUAUGGUCCAACGCCGUGGGUCCGGAUGGCCGCGUGACGGGUCUCGAGUCCAACGCCGAGUACGCAAAGCUGGCAGCCGAAGCCAUAGCAGCACGCGGGCUGAACAACGUGGACAUUGUCGUUGGUUCGGCUUUGGAAACUCUUCCGAAACUAGCCACCACGGAGGAGCCGUAUGACCUCGUGUUUCUCGACGCAGACAAGGCCAACAAUCCCGAGUAUAUAAAAUACUUGCUAGCCGCCUCUCACCCUGGGAGCGUUUCUGGUGGCCGCCUGCUCCGCCCGGGCGCGCUCAUUGUCGCCGACAAUGUGCUCCAAGAAGGCCAUGUGCUUGAUGGGGACAGCAAAUCCAAUCCUUUUGUCGAUGGCGUGCGGGCCUAUAAUGACUACUGCAAAGAUCAUGCUAGACUGCAGACUGUAGUACUGCCUCUAUGGGACGGACUCGGUGUUUCGAGGCUUGUCGAUUAG